AUGGAAAGUUUACAUAUGCUGGAAUGUAUUUUAUUGUCUAUAUCAAACAAUGAGCUCCUCUCCGAUCGGAAUCCCUGCUUCUCUAUCAUACAGCUGCUGCAACUUUCUCUUCGAAAAUCGCUUCUUCAACUGAGAGUUUUGUGUCUUGCAUCUGAAGGUAGUGUCAUUGUACCGUGGCCUUUCACCAACAAUUCUGGCAUUAUUUCCAAAUUGGACAGUCUAGCUGGUGCUGAUGAAUACCAUGCUUAUAAUGAUGGUGAAGAAAAUGACGGUGAAGAAGAAGAGAGGCAGCUCGUUCAAGAGAGAAAAAAUCAACAACAAUCACUCAAACAAGGAACUAAUGCAAAUAAUGCAAGAAAAUUUAAUGGAGGAACUUAUGGAGUUUCAAACAGUGAGAAUAUGUGUGGCUCUACUUUUGAUCCUUUCCCACACUCUUCUGAACCAGUUGCUAACAACUCAACUUCAAUACCCUCAAGUGAAGGAUCUCAUGAUAGGAGAAAAAUUAUAUUUGUUGAGGCAGUCUCUAACCCGAGGAGGUUUGUUCCUCAAAACGUUACUCGUGAUAUUAUUUCUAGGGUGAUCACAAGGAUGCCUAUUCCAGCUGAAAAGUGGAAAAAUUAUCCGAUUGAAGCAAAGGAUGAGUUAUUUAAGGAUUUUAUGGAUAAAUAUAAAUUCACAUCCGAUUAUGAUCGUAAUAUGGCAAGAACUGUAUGGGAAAGAACAUGCUUGGAUCGGUAUCCCGAUCACUUAAAAAAUGCAAGAAAAAUAGCUUUACGAGAAGUGAACUCAACAAAUUUGGUCGACACUAAGGGUCAUGGUCCGAAAGGAAUGAAGGCAGAGGUAUGGGACGGUUUGGUUGACAUUUGGUUGAAACCAGAGUGGAAGAAGAAAUCCGAUGCAAAUCGUUGUAACAAGGCUGCCUUACCUGAUGCGGUGUUGCACACAGGAGGUUCAAUAAACUUAGGUGAACAUAAGAAAAGGAUGGAGGAGGAGUUGAAACAUACAGUUUCGUUUAGAGACGUGUAUGCUCGAGUUCAUAAGAAAAAAGAUGGAGAAUAUGUCUCUCAACGAUCGAAGUUAUUUGUUGAGUCAUAUGACAUGGCUAUAUUGGAAAAGUAUGGAGAAGACUCUUCCACUCAUCCGAUGAUUGAUCCUAAAGUGUGGGUAAAAGUUUCUGGCCAGAAAAAGACAAGGCAUACAUUUAUGGAUCGUAGCUUAGAUGUUAGAAGAACUAUGUCUGCCCCAUUUGUUGAUGUCACUAGUCAUUCCAGAACCAUGGAGGAAGAUAUCAAGAAAGCUGUGGAUAAGGCAAUGACUUCUUUUGUUCAAACACAGUUGGCGCCAAUGUUGGAGCCAAUUCUUUCAUUGAUUCGAUCCAUGCCAAAAGCACCCAUGCAAAGUGAAGUACCUGAAAAAACUCAUGGAGACACAAGGUGAAAGAAUGUUUUCCAAUCUAUUUUGGAAACCGGAGUUAAUAUGGAACCUGAGUUGUGAUUUCUGAAUUGGAAAUAAAAUAGAAUAUUAUUGUAAUGUAUAAUGUUUUAGUAUUGUUAAAUAUAUUAAAAAAAUUGAUUUUAGAAUAUUAUUGUGAUGCUUAUUGUUUCAGUGUU